UCACUACAGAGAGACACAGACUGAAAACAAACGAUCAGAUUCAGCUUCAGAUCAAACUAACAACUUCCUGUGAGUGAGUUCAGCUACAGGAGAGAAAAGUGGAAAACUACAACACUGCUGCUUCAACCUGCUGACACUCCACACACUGAAGCUUCCUUCAGAGAUAAAAUGGCUUCCAGAUCAGAGGAGGAUCUCUGCUGUCCGGUUUGUCAUGAUGUCUUUAGAGAUCCUGUUCUUCUGUCAUGUAGCCACAGCUUCUGUAAAGACUGUCUGCAGAGCUGGUGGACAGAGAAACCAACACAGGAGUGUCCAGUUUGUAAGAAAAGAUCUUUGUAUGAACCGCCUUGUAACCUGGUGUUGAAGAACCUGUGUGAGGCCUUCUUACUGGAGAGAGAUCAGAGAGCUUCAGAGGCUCUCUGCAGUCUGCACUCUGAGAAACUCAAACUCUUCUGUCUGGACCAUCAGCAGCCAGUGUGUCUCAUCUGUCUGCAUUCAGAAACACACUCCAACCACAGAAUCAGACCCAUCGAUGAAGCUGCACGACAACACAGGAAGGAGCUUCAGGAAACUCUGGAGCCCUUAAAGGAGAAGAUAAAUGUUUUUGAACAAGUUAGAGUGAAGUUUGAUCAAACAGCAAAACACAUGAAAGUCCAGGCCCAACGCACAGAGACACAGAUUAAGGAUCAGUUUAAGAAGCUUCACCAGAUUCUAGAAGAGGAAGAGGAGGCCAGGAUGGCUGCUCUGUGGAAGGAAGAGGAGCAGAAGAGUCAGAGGAUGAAGAAGAAGAUGGAGGCUCUGAGCAGAGAGAUAGCAGCUCUUUCAGACACAGUCAGAGCCACAGAGGAGCAGCUGAGAGCUGAAGACGUCUCAUUCCUGAUCAACUACAAGGCUGCAGUGGAAAGAGUCCAGCAGCGCCCCCUGCUGGAUGAUCCACAGCUGCUCUCAGGAGCUCUGAUAGACGAGGCCAAACACCUGGGCAACCUGAGCUUCAACAUCUGGAACAAGAUGAAGGACAUGGUCUCCUACACUCCUGUGGUUCUGGAUCCAAACACUGCUAAACCCAACCUUAUCCUGUCUGAAGAUCUGACCAGUGUGAGACUAGGAAAGAGACAGCAGCUUCCUGAUAACCCAGAGAGGUUUGAUUAUCUAUGCUCUGUCCUGGGCUCUGAGGGCUUUAACUCAGGGACUCACAGCUGGGAUGUCGAGGUUGGAGACAGUACAGGCUGGUCACUGGGAGUGUUAGCAGAGUCUGUCCAGAGGAAGGGAGGCAUACAGUCUGGAUUACGGAGAAUAUUGUUCCAUAAAGGUAAAUACUCAGCACGGUCAGCACAAGCUCCAGCCACUGUUCUCGUACUGCAGAAGAAGCUCCAGAGGAUCAGAGUGACUCUGGACGUGAAGACAGGAGAGCUGUCGUUCUCUGAUGCUGAUACUAACACACACAUACACACCUUCACCGCCAUACAAACUUUCCGUAGAAGGAUAUUUCAAUUGCUUUUCACUGAGAAGAUGUUUCCGUAUAUUAGCACUUGGGAUGAAGUCCCACUGAAGAUAUCACCAGUGAAAGUGUGUGUGACAGUGGAGCAGAGCACUUCAGUCAGAGACCAAAUGGCUUCCAGAUCAGAGGAGGAUCUCCGCUGUCCGGUCUGUCAUGAUGUCUUCAGAGAUCCUGUUCUUCUGUCAUGUAGCCACAGCUUCUGUAAAGACUGUCUGCAGAGCUGGUGGACAGAGAAACCAACACAGGAGUGUCCAGUUUGUAAGAAAAGAUCUUUGUAUGAACCACCUUGUAACCUGGUGUUAAAGAACCUGUGUGAGGCCUUCUUACUGGAGAGAGAUCAGAGAGCUUCAGAGGCUCUCUGCAGUCUGCACUCUGAGAAACUCAAACUCUUCUGUCUGGACCAUCAGCAGCCAGUGUGUGUCAUCUGUCUGCAUUCAGAAACACACUCCAACCACAGAAUCAGACCCAUCGAUGAAGCUGCACAACAACACAGGAAGGAGCUUCAGGAAACUCUGGAGCCCUUAAAGGAGAAGAUAAAGGUUUUUGAACAAGUUAGAGUGAAGUUUGAUCAAACAGCAAAACACAUGAAAGUCCAGGCCCAACGCACAGAGACACAGAUUAAGGAUCAGUUUAAGAAGCUUCACCAGUUUCUAGAAGAGGAAGAGGAGGCCAGGAUGGCUGCUCUGUGGAAGGAAGAGGAGCAGAAGAGUCAUAGGAUGAAGGAUAAUAUGAAGGCUCUGAGCAGAGAGAUAGCAGCUCUUUCAGACACAGUCAGAGCCACAGAGGAGCAGCUGAGAGCUGAAGACGUCUCAUUCCUGAUCAACUACAAGGCUGCAGUGGAAAGAGUCCAGCAGCGCCCCCUGCUGGAUGAUCCACAGCUGCUCUCAGGAGCUCUGAUAGACGAGGCCAAACACCUGGGCAACCUGAGCUUCUACAUCUGGAACAAGAUGAAGGACAUGGUCUCCUACACUCCUGUGAUUCUGGACCCAAACACUGCUAAACCCAACCUCAUCCUGUCUGAAGAUCUGACCAGUGUGAGAUGGGAAGAGGAACAGCAGCUUCCUGAUAACCCAGAGAGGUUUGAUUAUCUAUGCUCUGUCCUGGGCUCUGAGGGCUUUAACUCAGGGACUCACAGCUGGGAUGUCGAGGUUGGAGACAGUACAGGCUGGUCACUGGGAGUGUUAGCAGAGUCUGUCCGGAGGAAGGGAGGCAUACAGUCUGGAUUACGGAGAAUAUUGUUCCAUAAAGGUAAAUACUCAGCACAGUCAGCACCAGCUCCACCCACUGUUCUCGUACUGCAGAAGAAGCUCCAGAGGAUCAGAGUGACUCUGGACGUGAAGACAGGAGAGCUGUCGUUCUCUGAUGCUGAUACUAACACACACAUACACACCUUCACCGCCAUACAAACUUUCCGUAGAAGGAUAUUUCAUUUUCUUUUCACUGAGAAGAUGUUUCCGUAUAUUAGCACUUGGGAUAAAGUCCCACUGAAGAUAUCACCAGUGAAGGUGUGUGUGACAGUGGAGCAGAGCAGUUAGAGAUAAAGAGGAUGAUUAUAUUCAUGUUGAUGUUUAUUUCUUAAAGGGAAAAGUCGCUGAAUGUAACCUCUUAAUCUGCACCUGUCCUAAUUUCUCAUUAAUACAAAAAUAUCCUUGUUUUUUCGUUUAAGAUAUAUGUUUAGUUUUACUUAUUGUUUUAGUUUGACAUUCUUUGUUUUUGUUUACCUAUUUUUUGUAAUUCAUCUAGCUGACACUUUUAUCCAACCGAUUUACAAUACAACCCAAAAAUUCAAGUGAUGCAGUCAAAAGCAAGUUUUAUUUUUUUCAUGUGUAAAAUUAUAUAAUUUAGUUUUUUAUCUUUUGGUUCAUUUAGCCUUUUGCUUUUUUAUCAAUACUGUUUUUAUUUUAAAUUGUUGUUGAUGUUUUAUUAGUUUGACUAGUGUGUGUAGAGCCAGGAAGACAGAAAACACUUUGUAGAAGCUGAUUUGAUCACAAAAAUAUAACUGAAUGUUUGAGCAGACAAUCAUUAUUUAAAUCAAACUAACUUUAUUUUCAAUUCUAUUCCAGAUAAUAGUAAUCUAAAAUCAAUGUUUGAUUACAUUAAAUGUCUUUUAAAUUUUCCAAAACAUAUGAACAAUUUUCUGUUUAAUAUAAUAAAGAAAAUUUUAUUUCA